ACUCUAUGUGAUCGUGAUCUCGGAUCUGCUUUGUGACCCCAAUCUGAGUGAGGGGGAUAGGUGAUACGAGCGUUCCAUUCUGCGAAACAUGGAUUCAUAGACAGUCCAUCGAUGACGAUUAAAUGAUCAACCAUAACAACGAUCAACGUUUGUUCGAUGUCAAAGGAAGUCAACGAGAAAAGAGGAAUCAAUACCUGUGCUCGAUAAAGUUUCUGCUUUUAUCAUUUAGUUUUGCCAAGUGAAACCUAAUUUUCAAAGAUGGGAACUAUGUACCGAGGAUAUACCAACGAAGAACUAGCAGCUUUAAUGCUGCAAUUCGCAAGGUAUGACACAAAUGGUAAUGGGAGUAUCGGCAGUACGGAAUUUGCAGAACUGAUCAAGAUAGGACCAGAACACGUUCCGACUGAAGAAGAAAUUAAACAACGUAUUGCAGAAAUCGAUUGUAAUAAUGAUGGGCGUGUCCAAUUUGAAGAGUUUUUACUGUUUAUGGAUGGAAAGACAAGAGGACGGAAAUACUCGGAUGAAAUAAUUAAAGGAAUGUUCUCAUUAAUGGACAAGGAUCGCACGGGUAAGGUCGGUCCAGAGGAGUUACGAGCGGCGAUGAACAGAUAUUAUGGUGCUAAAAUGACGCUAGAGGAAGCCUGUAAAAUAAUCAGAGAAUCUGACAUUAAUGGGGACGGAUACAUCGACGAAGAUGAUUUCGUUCGGAAUCUGCUUGCCAUUAAACUACAGUGGAGAUAAACUUGCUGGAUCUGGAUACCGGGGAUGCAUAUCAUAGCACCAAGCACAUGUUUCUGCCAAAGCUUGCACAUUUCACCCGGACAUAGCAGCAAUUUGAUCCUUGUCCUGAUAGCCACAGCUAAUUAUCAGCUCAGAGUGAAACAAACACAGUGAAAGUAGUGGCGUUGAGGAGGACAUCGGUUUUAACACACCCUAUGGCCCGUAUUCUGAAGUCGGGUUUAACUUCAACUCCGGUUUAAAGAGGUGGUUUAACUAUGGAAAGCCAGUUGUUACAUAAAUCUUUAACACUAGGGGUUCAAUGUAUCAGUUGAUUUGACUCGCAAAGCAAUAUUAACUGCCUGGGAAGGAUAAGUAUGACAAUUGUCUUCACCAUUAAAUAUUUAGUGAAGAGCACAGUUAACAUGAGAAGCAAUCACUGUAAACAAAAUUUUGAAACGUUUGCCUUCCUAUAAUUUUAGCACAGAGUUAGAAGGUUUAACUGAAACCCCACCCCAGAAUACGGGCCUCUGAUGUGUUCAAAUUACACUCUUUAAAGCAAGAACAGAUCCAUAGACUAUGUUGCCACUCGUUGACUAUGUUAACAAUCUAUUGCAUUGCAAUAUCUUUUAUUAGAUUACUUUUUAGAUUACUUUUAGUAGUGUAUUGUAUAAUUAUUUUAGUAUAAAUUAGUCUAUAAUAAUAUAUGCAUGUAUAUAUAUAUGGAAACUAAUUUAUUUAAAGAGACGGGUAUUGGUUUUUGUACUUAGUUACAUAAUUAUUAUGAAAUAAAUAUACUGGGUAGCUAUUAAUUGUUUUAUCAGCAAAUUGGGCCAGUAUUAUAAGUCUCCUUAAAAUGUUACAUUAUUGUAUAGGGAUCUGUCUAGAGGGAAAAGUUGAUGGAUUGAGGUGGUGUUUUAUAUAUAGGGCAAUCGGUUCAUAUUGGCUGUAACACAGGUGUACGUAAUCAUAUUCAACGCUUUACACUCCCGUGACCCGUUGUAUAUAACUUGCUGCCGUGAACAACAACUCGGUAAAAAUCAAAAGUAGGUUACCACAAUUAUUCUGUCACUCAGAAAAAGACUGUGGUGAGAAUCGUAAGAAGUUAGCCAAGUUUUCUCCGAGUUCCCAUUGUCAUGCGAUCCUUUAAGAAAGCCACGAUUGGCCUUUCGUAACUGAUCGCGAAAUCUUUUUGAACCAUUCAUUUUUUACGAUCAAUACGAUUGUAACGACUUAUCUGAUGAUAUGAUCUUAUACGAUCUGUAAGAUCAUUACGAUUACUCCACGAUAUGCCUGGCAUUUCAAUCGUGGCCAAAAUCAUGACAGUGGGAACCAUAAAGGGUAUUAUGAAACAGGACCUUGGUGGUGCAUUUUGAAAUGUUAUUAUUUUAAUUAGGUGAACAUCAUGGGCAAAUAGAUAACUUUAUACAAGGAAGGGAAGAAAUUUUUGUCACUUCUAUUCCGUAUAAACAUAAAAAUCGUCCAUUUCAUAAGUUGAAUUUAAACGAUAUUUUGUUAUUCAAAAAGCUUGAAAUGUUUUUUCCCAGUAGUCAAAGUGCAUAAACAUCAGCAAAUUCAAUGAGAAUGAUAAUAGGAAUUUGUUUGCAUUAAGUAAUCGUAAGUACCAAAAAAUAUUGACAUUGUUGAUUACUCUAAAAGUUUAUAAUAGGCCUGAAAAUAGGUCAAAAUCAUGAUUUUUGUAUUAUUAUGGUGUCAUAUAGGAAUGAUAUUUUUCUAAACUGAAACAUCAAUCUGGACAUAAUUAUCUCUUAAAUACAUUGUAAUAUCUGUGUAAUAAACUUGUGGGUUUGUCAAAAAUCCUCUUUCAUAGACUUUGA